CAUGGAUCAUGUAAAAAAGAAAUUAUUAACGCAAUCGACGCCGUUUAUUAUGUCUCAUUUGACGCCCAAUAACGAAAUGAUUGAAGCUCUCAGAAAGGAAGCCGUUCUUACCCACGAAGAAUCCAAUCAAAUUAUUCAAGACGAUACUACAGCCGGAAAAUGCAUACUACUCAUUUGCUUCAUUCGUAAAAAGGACAACAGAAGCUGGACGAAAUUCAUAACAAUUCUCGAACAAUACGGAGCAAGUACCGUCUCUUCCAUGCUAAGAAGUAAAUCAACAGCAUCGGAGGUCGUCCUACCCGAUAAACGAACUUUAUCCUACCUGGAAACCUGUUUAAACAACAUAUCGGUUCCCCAUAAAAUAGUUAAGGAAGUUGCUACCAAAGUUGUAUUGAAAGAAGUCUAUCACGACGACGUUUCCACCUUACAAGAAAAAAUAUUAAAUCUUCAGCGGAGUCUACGAGCAGCUUCUCUUGUCAACCCCUCUCCUGCCCAUCCUACUCUACCCCCAAUAUCGAGGCCGGACUCUGAAGAACGUUCAAUGUCGGUCUCGUCGGAAGAGAGCUUCGGCGAGUUGCACGCUCUCAUCAAACAAAAAGAGGACGCCAUCAAGAAGAAGGACAAAGAAUACGAGAGAUUGAAAAACAUUAUGAAUGACAUUCAACAAGAGUACGACACUUUAAUGAAUGUAAAUCAAGAGUAUUUGAACAUUAUUACCAAUCUUCAAGCAAUUCACGAUGGCAAAACUCCGAGGAGUGUUGCUGCCGAACGAGAUGCUGCAAUUUUAGACAUGAAGUCUGCCCUUUUUGAAGCUCAGGAAAAGAUUGAAUCUCUUCGCACGGAAGUGCAGGAAUUAGACGUUAAAGCCAAAGAUGCUCAGAGCGCUUUCAAUCACCUCCAAAAAAAAGAACUAAAAUACAGAGAAAUGUUGGGCUUGCCUCCCGAUUCCGACAAUGAAAGUGUCGAGAGACGAAUUCAAGAAUUACUGCAAAACGGAACCAUGCAGAAAAGCGAUCUGGACAAGCUCAAACAAGAACUAAACAAAGUUAAGGAAAGUAGACUGGCCGCUGAAGAGAAACUAAAUGCCAUCGUUCGAGAAAAGGAACAUAUCGAAUUCUAUAUGAGGCAACAAGAGAUGACGAUGAGAAGGAUGAAGAGACAAACUGUUGCUAAACCAACACUUGUUGCGGCCGAGUCGACUGUUGUCCAAGCAAAAAUUGCGGGUGCCCUUAGACUGCCUUCAAUCGAACCGUCGUGUAGGCCAACAACAGGAAAACAUCAACAAAAGUUAAACUAUUGUAUAUUUUGUCGAACUGAGUUUGACAACAGUAAAGCGACGACCUGCAGAGUUCAUUAUAGAGCGCUGGUGAAAGGUCAUUGGAUGUGUUGCAAAGACGAAUGCCAUCGAGGAGCUGGUUGCCUACAAUUGCCACAUAUGUAUAUUGAAAUAACAGCCGAUAGAAAGGUGUUUUUGACGGACGGAGCCAGAUAUGCACAGCUUCUAUCAAGUGUUUCUUUUGAUAAAAGUGCCAAUCCAUCCGCGGAUCAUACUACUGUGGUUAUAGGUGACUGCGACAUUAAGAAAAAUGACUGCAUUCGAAACAAACCAUCAUCGGAGAAUUAUCUAUCAUUUUGGUCGAUAAAUUUCCUCAAAGAUGUCACUGUCGUUGGAAUUAAAAGAGUUUUAAGCGGAGGAAAUUUAAAAUUAAGUCGUAUUUUAUGGCUUUUUCUAAUCGUCUUUUCACUUGGCUUCAUGUGUUUUCAAGUUCAUGACAGAAUUACGUAUUAUCUAAAAUAUGAAACUGUUUCCAAGCUUAAAUUUGUUCAGUUAUCUGAACCAAACUUUCCAAUUGUUACAAUCUGCAAUGAAAAUAGAAUGAUUAAAGGAAAAUUAAUCGUCGAAAUAGACGAUAUGAGAAUACUAAACAAGUUGAGGGAUAUUUGGGCUGUAUCUCCAGUAAAGGAUGAUAACUAUUACCCUCCAGAAGUGAUGAAAAGUUUAAAGAACAAUUCGUAUAGAGACUGGUCCAUAGUUUAUUCUAAUUCUAGUCAAACCAUCGAAGAAGCAGUAGCAAUGUGUAAAUUCAAGCAAAGGGAUUGCGUAUAUAGUGAUAUGGGCUAUAUUUCAACAAACCUGGGACGAUGUUUUCAAUUUAACCCACAUCACAAAUUAAAACUGUUAGUUGGUGGGGCAAUGGAAUCAUUUCAAAUUUUAUUAUACGUUGGGCAGGAAGAGUAUUUCAUUGCAAACUCAGCAGCAGCGGGUUUUAGGAUACUCUUUCACUCUCCAAGUAAGAUAUUUAGGAUGGCUGAGGAGAGCAUAUUGCUGUCUCCGGGAUUUCCGUAUGGGAUUAAUAUAAAAUUUAGGAAAACGCAACAACUCCCCUACCCUUACGGAGAGUGUUCAGAUAAAGCCAACUAUACUAGAGUAUCUUGCUUAAAUAAAUGUUUCGAAAUUUACGCUGCUAAAGAAUGCAAAUGUCGAGAUAUUUCUUUUACAAACGGAAAAGAGUAUCCGGUGUGCGCUCCUCUUAACUUAUUUUGUCUAAAAGAUGCGGAAAAAACGUUUUAUAGAAGUGGGAUAGUUGCAAAUGCCUGCAAAUGCAAUUUUGAAUGUGUUAUGGAUCAUUAUGACUUUACUAAUUCAAUGGCUAUGUUUGGCAAUACUUUUCUGGAUGUUUUAAAAGAAAUAGUAAAUACUUCUUCGAAAGAGAUUUCUAAGAAUUAUAUUAUGGUCAGCAUUUACGUUUCAAACAUUAUCAGACAAAAUUUGAUUGAGAAGCCAGCUUAUACGUUGCUAGCUCUUUUAUCAGAUAUUGGUGGAGCAUUUGGUUUGGCUUUAGGAGCAACAGUUUUGACCAUUUUUGAAUUUGUAGAAUAUUUCAUUAUAAUAUUCACUAAGCUCAUUGUCAGCAGAACGCCAAGACAGAGUUGA